AUGAAUGUCAUAGCCUGGAACUGCCGGGGACUGGGGUCGUCCCUGGCAGUUCGAACACUCACCGACGAGGUGAGAACAAAAAAACCCCUACUGGUUUUCUUGUCGGAAACGAAGGCUGGUAUGAGUAGAAUCAAAGGUAUUCAAAAUAAAUUAGACUACACUCAGGGUAUUACGGUUCCUAGUGAUGGUCGAAGUGGUGGGCUGGCUAUGUUGUGGAGAGAGGGUACGGAUGUGAGGUUUAAGAGUUGUUCCAAUUCACACAUCGAUGUCGAGAUCCACGAAAGAUCCUCAGUUGCUCCUUGGCGGGCUAUCGGUUUUUAUGGGCAACCCGAUGUAGCCAAAAGAUUUAUUUCUUGGCAACUGAUGGAAGCUCUGAAAAAACAAAGUGAUUUGCCGUGGGUAGUGUUUGGGGAUUUCAAUGAAAUUUCCCAGUCUUAUGAAAAGCUAGGAGGACCGGAAAGAGAUGCAGGUCAAAUGAAGGAUUUCAGGGAGUGCUUGAGCAGUUGUGGUCUCUUUGAUUUGGGGUUUGUGGGCCAGAGAUUUGCGUGGUGCAAUGGAAGGGAGGGGGAGCAGAGAACAAAACUCCGACUGGACAGGAUGGUGGCAAGUGAGAGCUGGGUCCAAUGCUUCUCUGAGGCAAGUCUACAUCACUUUUCAAUGUCUAUUUUCGAUCAUUGUUUGUUAACAUUGUAUUUAAACCGGAGACAACCCCACAAACCGGUAAGAAAGAGGUUUUUCUUCGAAGCGAUGUGGACUAGGGAACCUGGGUGCAGAAAGGUGAUUGAAGAAGCAUGGGAUCCUUUGAGAAGGGACCCGGAUUUUAGAAUCACAGACCAAUUGAAAAACUGCCAAGAACACCUUUGUAGGUGGAACUGGAAGGUUUUCGGGAAUGUGAACAAUACCUUGAAGAUGAAAAGAAACCAGCUUCAAUAA